AUGGACCCCAACGCGAACUGGCCAGAAGGCAUGUAUUAUGACGAGAACGCAGGUGCGCCGUCUGGCAGUUACGAACAAACCGAACAAAGUUUUGACGAUCAAGUCGAUGGCGAGACCGAACUUUUCUCACCUUUGUCAGAUGAGUCAGAUGAAUCAGAUAAUGAAGAAGACAACCCUCACAUUGAGCCACAGCUUCACGCGCAGAAAAAAAAAAGAAACCAGAAGAAAAACGAAAAGAAUCGGAUCGUUAAACAACAAACAAAGAAGGUCCUGGAAGUCGCUACAACCUCUCAGCUGCCAUCUCACACGUCCACCGAAUCACGGUCUAUUGUUGAAUUUGUCAAAUUUAUGAUGGGAUGCCCCAGCCGCAAUUUCGAGCUCCCACCGGCACCAACACCCCAAGAAGUCGAAACUUGGACGCACUGGGCAGAUAAUCGCCAGGAGCAAAUCACCAACCACCUCGACCGCUACAUUGAAAGGAAGAACCCGAAAAAUGCGACGGAGAGAAAGUUCCUGGUAACCCAAGAACUCCAAAGAAUCAAGCAAAUGGCCCUUCCUACAAAGUAUUCUCCGGCUCGAACGGUCAGGAAUUCAAACAUCUCGGUAACGGUGAAGAACACCUGUGAUCACGAAUUCAAGUCCAACGGGUUUCCUCGAAUUACAUUCGACUGGAGCGAUCCUGAUUUGGAGAAUUCCGACUGGAACAGUGCAACAGCCAGUAUUCUCGCUUCGAAUUGGGCAAAGUGGACUCCCAAAACCAGAGCGCUUACAAAGGAUUCCAAUAUAAACGUUACGGGCGUCAUUGGACGUUGGCUUGUCACCAUGAAGAAGGAGACAAAGAGGAAAGCGCUCCGAAAAAAUGGAGCCAACAUUACCGAUCCGUCUGUUGAGCAAAUGAACGCCAAACGCAAGCAGUCCCGCAAAAAAGUUGGUGAGUUGCGCUUCAAAACAGCAUCGACUCUCUUUCCCGACCAUCCAGAGAUAUGGGCCUGCUUUACAGACGUCAACGGAGUGUCUGAUUACGAGUGCGACGAAGACAUCCGUAUCCCACCCAGAAGAAUCAACCCCGCCUGGAGAAGUGCGGUUUUCGCCGAAUUGACACAUGAGAUAGAUGUAGCCACUAUCCAAUUAGCACCUCAAAGAAGCAAGACAAGUAUUGCAGGCCGCCUAGCUCGACGUGGACCGCGAGAAGCUACCAACGAGGAAGCUGAAGCCGAGGUAGUACCAAUGAAUUAUCCUGUUGAUGCCUAUGCAGCAGAAUUUCUUGGCCAAUUAUCUCUCCUCCAGCGUCAACAAAUGGGAAUCCAAGAUGAUGAAUUGGCCUACUCUUUCACUACAGCACUUACUGAUCUCAGGAAAAAAACUAGAAGCUCGAACAGUAUGAUUGAAUAG